AUGUGCCCGCCGCGCGGCCUCUUCCUUGUAACCAUCUUGGUCCUCCUAAACCACGUGGACGACCUCAGUUUGGCCAGGAGCCUCCCCACAGCGUCCCCAAACCCAGGAAUGUUCCAGUGCCUCAACCACUCUCAAAACCUGCUGAGAGCUGUCAGCAGCACGCUUCAGAAGGCCCAACAAACUCUAGAACUUUACUCCUGCACUUCCGAAGAGAUUGAUCAUGAAGAUAUCACAAAGGAUAAAACCAGCACCGUGGAGGCCUGCUUACCAUUGGAAUUAACCAUGAAUGAGAGUUGCCUGGCUUCCAGAGAGAUCUCUUUGAUAACUAAUGGGAGUUGCCUGGCCUCCAGAAAGGCCUCCUUUAUGACGACCCUGUGCCUUAGCAGUAUCUAUGAGGACUUGAAGAUGUACCAGGUGGAGUUCAAGGCCAUGAACGCAAAGCUUUUAAUGGAUCCUAAGAGGCAGAUCUUUCUGGAUCAAAGCAUGCUGACGGCUAUUGAUGACCUGUUGCAGGCCCUGAAUUUCAACAGUGUGACUGUGCCACAGACAUCUUCCCUUGAAGAACCAGAUUUUUAUAAAACUAAAAUCAAGCUCUGCAUACUUCUUCAUGCUUUCAGAAUUCGUGCCGUGACCAUCGAUAGAAUGAUGAGCUAUCUGAACUCUUCCUAAAAAGCUGAGGUCCCUCCAGACCUUAAAGCCAUUCUUAAAAUAAUGUGAAUCAAAAAUAUUUUUCACAGGAUGUGGGUUAAGAACCAGAAGGGAGUGCCUUGACCUGGUCCUGCCUAAGCUAGUAUGAUCAUUCUUAUGCUUGUUUACAUUAGUUGCCCCCCAAAAUAUGAACAAUGUGAC